AUGGCAGAGUUCCUAUAUCUUCAAUAUGAGGAUGCUAAGAAGCCAAUAUACCUAUACAUUAAUUCUACCGGUUUUGGCUUAAUCUUGUGGCGAUAUAUGCCUUUGACCUUUGGGGUAUUGCAGGGCGUCCCAAUUCUUGUCAUGGUCAGCAUGCUUGCCUAUUUCUACUUCCUGGAGCAACUCUUAGUUAGUGAAUUGGGUCCCCAUGCUCUUGUCGUAUCUUUGCCAUUUGCUUGUGUUCUAGGUCUUCUCGCAUCCAUGAUAGCUUCAAUGAUGGUGAGCCAGAGCUACAUUUGGGCCUAUGCAUCGUUCCAAUUUGCACUUGUGAUCCUCUUUGCUCAUGUUUUCUAUAGUGUGCUAGGAGUAAGCUCUGUGUUCUCCAUUUUACGUUCCUCAUUUACUGGGUUUGGUAUUUCAAUCAGUAUGAACUCUUUGCUCAUUGAGUAUUUAAGAUGGAGGGCUAGGAGAACUUUGCGCUCGGUCCAACUUAAUCAGAGUCAGCAGCAGAAUGAAGCAAGAAACCUUGCUGGAGUUGAAGAUGGAGAUGACACAAGGCAGCAAGACUUGGAGAACCAGAUUCAAGAUCCUAACCCUUUGCAACAUGGACAAAAUCAUUCGUAAAGACUUUGAGGUAUGAUCUACCAACUUGAUGCAAGAGAUCAAAUUUUGUGCGCCUUAUAUUGAUUGAUGUUUUUAUU